ACAGAGAUUUCCCAUGCUAGAAGGAAAACGACAAGAACUGUAGGAAGCAUCGUUGGCUGUUUCUCUACCUUUUAAAAAUAUGUGGAUCAGAAUACAAAAGAUGAGCCCUUUGAUUGCAUCCUGCAACUGUCUGAUCGCACUCUGGUUUGAACUCAAGGCGUCAUGUCCACAUCCACCAGCAAAAACCCCUCUACAUCCUCACUGAUUUCUGUCAAUGAGGGGGACAACAGUCCAGUCAUCCCCAGUUCUUCCGACGCUUCGUGGGAGCUUCACGCCGACGACUUCACCAAAGAAUUAUCUUGCAGUCUGUGUCUGGAGCUCUUUACGGAGCCUGUUAUUGUACCCUGUGGCCAUAACUUUUGCAAACGUUGUCUGGAGGCACUAUGGGAGAAGAAAGGGAUUUUCUGUCCAGAAUGCCACGCCAGUGUGCCAGACCAAAAGUACAUCGUAAACAAAGCUUUGGAGAAAAUGGCCGAUAAGAUUAAGACUCUCCAUGUGGGGUGCAGGCAGCAGAAGUGCAUUGAACACAGUGAACCUUUAACCCUCUACUGGAAGCCGGAGGGGAAGCUAGCUUGUUUCACUUGUCGAGAAACUCAGACGCCCAGAGAUCAAAGCACCCAGUUUCUUCUCAUUCCAGACGCAGUACAGAUCUAUACGGAAAAACUGCUCAUGCUGAGAAUUCAGCUCAGAUCCAUCCUGGUGAAGCUGGAAGUUUUGAAGAAUGCCCAAGAAGAGAAGAUUAAUAGUCAUAAAGAGAACAAAUUGCAACUUCAGUACCAUAUAUCCUUGGAAUUCCUAAAAUUGCACCAGUUUCUUCAUGGCAAGGAGAAAAUGUUGAUCAAUAAGUUAAAGGAAGAGGGUGAAAUACUCCUCCAGGAAAUGGAAGGAAAUCUAAACAAAAUCCAAGACCGAUCUCAAAACGCUAAGGAUACUCUGGUCUGCAUUCAGGCUCGGCUGUACCAGCACAAUUCUGCUGGCUUCUUGAAAGGCAUAAAAGCUUUUGUAGAAAGGAUGGACCAAAAAGCUGAAAAUUCAUCUCCCUGUGAAUUAGUGAGCAGGAGUCUGAACCCAGGAGAGUUCAAGGGGCCCAUACAUUACGCGGUAUGGAAAGAAAUGAAAUCUAUCCUUAGCCCAGACAUUUCCUGCAUGACUCUGGACCCGAAAACAGCACAUCCGAACUUAAUUCUUUCAGAAGGAUUGACCAGCGUGAGGCACAACGAUGCCAAGAAAGCCCUGCCAGACCUCCCAGAAAGGUUUGACUGCAGUGUUUCCGUCCUGGGCGCGACCGGAUUCACUUCCGGGAAGCACUAUUGGGAAGUGGACGUGCAGAAGAAGACCAAGUGGACUUUGGGGGUGGUCAGAGAGAGCGUCAACCGGAAGGGGAACUAUCCACUGUCCCCCAAAGAUGGCCACUGGCUGAUAAAGCUGAGGAAUAAGAACGAGUUCAAGGCUGUCGAUGUCCAUCCCAAAGGCCUCACCCUGGCCAAGAAUCCCAGUUCAAUUGGGAUAUAUUUGGAUUACGAAGGUGGCCAGGUGUCCUUUUACGAUGCCAGCCAAAUGUCCCACAUCUAUACUUUCACGGACACUUUUACAGAGAAACUCUACCCGUACUUUUGCCCGUGUUUGAAUGAUGCUGGAGAAAACAGCGAACCGCUGCGGAUUAUUAGGUUUAAUAUUUAGAUGGAACUCCCUCUGAAAAGCAUGACCUGAAGCUGUUAUGGACUACAGGCAGAUAACGCGUAGGAACUGGGUCCAGGUUUUGAUGAGAAAAGGCAGCUGAUGCUCUGGGACUGCUGUUGGAAUCUAGCCCCGCCGUGUGAUUCAAGUGUAUUCAUUCCAGUGCUGGUAACGAUCCUUUUUUCCUUCCAACCACUCCGCUAUGAAGAUGGUUAUGCCAUUCUGUCUGGUCUUGGAAAAGGGGCAGAAAUCCACCCUGCUCCAACUCCCAUAAGUAGCAUCACAUCAUAGAUUCAUGGAAUCCUUACAUGGGUCAUUCCGAAACAUUACAUUAGGCAGGAGCAGAGUUUACUCCAUGGGAGCUGUUUAGAAAGGGUGUGUGUUUGUGUGUAUGCCCCACACAUCUGCCCACCAUUCCUUAAACAGCAAACAUUUUAAAAAAGUAAUAUUUUUGUUCUUUUUAAGUUUGUACUUUCGGUUUCUCUGCGUCUCCUUGUUUGCUUUGUAUUUUGUCUUUUCUUUUUUUUAUCUAAAAAACAAUUUUUUUUUUAAAAAAAAUCUAAACCAGUCAACUCAGGUUCAUUUGGCAAAGGAAAUAUAGGGCCUUAUCAGUAUUAUUUCUUAGCAAAUAUUUAACUUAACAGUCACAGGGGUAGGAUUGUGGUGGGAUUCACCGUUUAGUGAGGUGGUCAGCUUAUUCAAAACAAUAGCAGAAGUCAGAUAAGCGAAUAUACUGCAAGUGUGACGUUUGAGAAAUAAUAACUUUGUGCAAAGGACUCAUUCCCUAACAACAGAUGUAUUUGUGCCUUCUUUUGUAUUGGUUGGAUGAAAGAAAAUAAAAGAACAUUAAAGUUGAA